UUUCCAUUGUCAGAGUGAAGUAUGAAUAAUCUAUAUUCAUCGUUUGCGUGCAAAAAAUAAAAAAUUUUUAAUUUUCCUGCUUACGGUCAGAUAAACGUUUUUUUGUCAGUUAAACGAUUCCUAGCUGAGCACUGUGACAGUUCAAAUAAUUGAGUGAACGAAAAUUUAAUUGAGCGACCCAGGCAACGAUUAAAAAUGUGAAUGGAAAAGUCCGAAUAUUUUAUUAGUUUCAUCCGAGUAACAGAUAACUCAUGACCGUAUUAAGCUAUAUAUGAUACAAGAAUUUCACAGCUUGACGAUGGUCAAAAUGAAUGGGAUUAUCGGGACAUUUCUUUGUCUAGUAUGGCUUGUAGAAGGAAGCAGCGUUCUCAGAACUUCCAAGGAUGCAACUCAUCUGUCUUCAGACGUAACCGUUGGGUCUACAAAAGCGACAGCCGAAGAUGCAAACUUAACAGUAACGACACGUUAUGAGACAGCACUGGAAGUCCAGUGGGAAGUACGUUCAGGUGAAAGCAUACAGAUUUGCAGAUUGGAUAUAAUUCACGGUUCAACGCUGGACACAAGAGACUGUUUGCAACCCAAUUCAAAAAUAAUCGAUAAUCCCCAGGAGGUGGUGCUCGUUCAUUAUGAAAAGCACGAUAGAAAUAAUGUUUUUGCUGGGGCGCUGGACAAUAAAGCCUUCGCCUCGAUGAAUCUGCAAACUAGGUUGGAAGACAAUGAUUUAUGGUACGAAGGAGGUGUUGAAAAGACAGAGAAUUUCGUGGAUCAACUUGAAAAUGAAAAGGAAAGUUUGGCCACGCACUACGACAUCACUGGCUUGGAUGCCUGCACAUCUUACGACCUGGAGCUCACCAUAAUUCCUUUGGGAUUUGAUCCGAACGGGUAUUAUUACGAAGGCUCUUUAAAAAGUGAAUACACAUUACCUGAUG